AUCAUUUUCAGAAUUUUAGCAAAGCAACAAUUUAUAUAUCUCUUAAUUCACAAACAAGUCUAAAAAUGAUUUGGACAUAUAUUUUGGAGUAUGGAAAAUUUUGACAAGUCUAGUAAAGCGAAAAAUUCCCACCACUGCUAAUGUAUUCACUUAGAAGACACUAAAUAAACCUUAACUUUCACCAAUAAAUACUCCAUCGAUAACCAUUACAAAUGCUAAUAUCACCAUCAAAAUAAAUACUCUUUAACAAUUAAUUUCAAGAAAAGAGUUUCCUCCGGCCACCCGCCGUCAUGAAGUACAUUGAAAUCUCGGACACGAGCCACGCGCACAACCUCAAGUUCGAGUACGCGGAGGCGCCGUUCAAAUGCGACGGGUGCAAGGAGGCGGGCAUCGGGUCGCGCUACAAGUGCGGCGGCGAGUGCGACUUUGAACUGCACACGCAUUGCGGCAUGCCGUCGCCGACCAUCGCGCACCCUUUCUACCACAAGUGCUCGUUCCAGUUCAUGAGGCGGCCGCCGGGGCCGGUGGCGCGUUACUGCAACGCGUGCGAGAAGGACGUGUCAGGGUUUGUUUACCACUGCAGGCUGUGCGGCUUCGACCUCCAUCCUUGCUGCGCCAAGCUGCCCAUGAUGAUCGACGACGGCGAGAUCAAAUUGUACUUGUACAAGAACGUCAGCGCCGCCUGUGACAGGUGCGGGAGAAAGGGGAGGAGCUGGAGCUACAGAUCAUCGUGCAAGAAGUAUAACCUACACGUGGCGUGCGUGAAGGAGAUGCUGGUUGACAGCUGGCAUGAGAUUUGCUACAGUGAAAGCAGCAGAAAAGGGAAUGGGAUCCCCAGUUUGCGUUUCGCACUGCAAGCACACAAUCACAAGAAAAGCAGGAAAGGAAAAGUAGAGAAAUGCUGUGAGGUGGCUGGUUUGGCGUUGCAGUUUGUCAUAUCUGCCGUUCUAGGCGAUCCCACCUCCCUCAUUGUUGCCCUUGUUGGCAACUUGAUGUCCAAAUAGUAGCAUUGCCUAGUUUAAAAAUUAAGGAGGUGUUUUAAAAGAAUAAGUUGAUGAGCGGUUAAUUUGUGGGGUUAUCCAUCACCCACUACCUUUGUCUUUGUAAUUGUUUGUACAGAUUUAAGUUAGUGAAAAAUAUUAGUUA